UCCCCAGCGUUCGCGGGAAAGCGGCGGCGGCGGGGGCUCCGGGCUGCAGGUUGCGUACCAGUGUUGUAUGAACCAUUUUUUCCUGGGGAGAUGUGAAUACACGUCUGCUCACUCAAGACAGGGCACGAACAACAGGCGAACGCGUGGUUGGCGCACUAGUCAGUUCACUGUGGUUGCGCACAGGGCGUGGAUAAGCUGUCAUUUUCAAGGGUGCAGAUGACUUAAAGGCAGCGGAAUAACCGCACAGUCCCGUCCCAGCAUAGGUGAAGAGUCAGGAGUUGUAGAAGCUGUGUUGUUGGGGCCCAUGGCUGCUGGUUGGAUCCCCCCAACCCCCCCCCACGCACCCCCACCUUCAGCACGUGUUUACCGCUUCUGUCACUCUGGGGAGGAGUGCAGACUUUCCAGCGCUCCUUGACCACCCGAGUCUCCUGCGCUUCCCUCCUCCCUCCAUGAGGGGAUGUCUCAGUCUGGAGGAAAGUGCUCAACAGUCAGGCCUUUGCGCAUGUCCCAUUUUCCACCCUUCCAGGCUCUGAAGUGCACCCUCACCAAUGGACCUGAUUGGUUUUGGUUAUGCGGCCCUUGUGACAUUUGGAAGCAUCUUGGGAUAUAAACGGCGAGGUGGAGUUCCGUCUUUGGUUGCUGGUCUUUGUGUUGGAUUUCUGGCUGGCUAUGGGGCUUACCGCGUCUCCAAUGACAGACGGGAUGUCAAAGUGUCACUUUUUACGGCUUUCUUCCUGGCCACCAUCAUGGGCGUGAGGUUCAAGAGGUCAAAGAAGAUAAUGCCUGCUGGUCUGCUUGCAGGUUUAAGCCUCGUGAUGAUCCUGAGACUCGUCUUGCUGCUGCUGUGAGCGUCCAGGCGUGCCGAAGACUGGAUUCCCGUCAUGCCGUCCAGGGUGGAAUGUAGUCUCUUACUUAAUAAAUAAGUAAAUUUAAA